GCGUAUUGCGAAGAUUUGUGCUGUGAGUGUGAAGUGUAAGUAGUAAAUACCAUCAUUUCUUAACAAGCUAAGUAAGACACUGUAGCAAUAUUAAUAUCGAAUAACAGUAUCAACAUGAAUGUACCUGAAUGGACAAGAGAUGAGCACUCUAUCAAUGAUGCGAAAAUUUACCUUCGUCAAGGGGCGACGGUGGAUUUCUUCGAAAUGAUCGCACGAAAUAUUAUACAGAACCACCCGGAGAAUCUUCCACUAUAUGCACUUAGCCUUGUCAACAAUAUUAUCGAGGGAAAAGAGGAGGCUGGCGAUAUUGAGCUCAAACCCAAGAAGUUAGAGGAUAAUCGCUACAUGCGUGAUAUGAACGUGAGUGAGUUUCUGGAUGCGUGGGUCCUCGCAUUGCUGUGUGAGCGACCUACAUCCGAUGCAGAGCGGCUUACCUUUCAUAAGAGAUACCUUCAGUCGCUCAUUCCAAAUGGUGCAACUGACGCAGGGCAGCAAGAAUGAGCCAAAUAUGAACAUACUGGCGAUGUAAUAACACAAUAUGGCCUACCAAUGUCAGGACCAGUACAUAAGCACCAUUCGUAGAUUUCCACUUACAAAACGGGGUUUCUGAAUAAUAUAUUUAAUGUACUGGCAUCACUAACUGAUACCAAGAAACAUGCAGGUCACAUAUUCAUCAUUUGCUCGCUGCUUUUGUUUACACCUUUAUAAAACUAAACUCAGAUACUCCUCGGAGAUGUACAUUUUAUGUGCCAUAUAUAUAUAUAUAUAUAUGCAUUGCAGUGUUUUUCUCGUUUUGAAA